UCUCGGGCACUGACAGCUGAGAUGGAAAAUGUGUCGUAUGCACCUUUGAAGCAGCCCAUCGUGUUCACAGUGGAAGGCUUCAUCAUAACCAGGCAGCAGGGGUACCCCCUGUUUGUAGCCUGUCUCAUCGUAUACGCCAUGAUGCUGCUGGGAAACAUCACCGUGGUUGCAGUGAUCGCCGUGGAUGCCAAACUCCACAAGCCCAUGUACAUGAUGAUGUGCAACUUGGCAGCAUGCGAUCUGCUCGGGGGCACAACAGUCAUGGCCCAGCUGAUGCCACACUUCUUAACAGGGGACAACACCAUUGGCUACGUGGCGGCAAUAGUCCAGGCCUUCUGUGUACACACAUACAGCUUGGCCGUCACCACCAUUCUGACGGCCAUGGCAUACGACCGCUAUGUGGCCAUCUGCCAGCCGCUGCACUACCACACCAUCAUGACCACCACAAGGCUGGUUUCACUGUGUUUUGUCGCCUGGCUCAUUCCAAUUUUCCUGAUCAUGAUCAUCUUCAUUCUGAACGUGGGAACACCACUGUGUGGGACGUUAAUCAUGCAUGUCUACUGCAGUAAUCGCGCUAUUCUCAGUCUGGCAUGCGUCCCCACCCCCAUCAACGACAUAUACAGUAUGUGUACGGUUUAUUCCGUAAGUACGAGCUGCUUCUUAGUCAUUGCCUUAUCCUAUGUGAAGAUCCUCCACACGUGCCUCAUCAAACAAGACAAAAACAGUCGGAGCAAGGCCAUACAGACGUGCGCCUCCCAUCUCACCAUUUAUAUCAUCUUCGAGAUCUCUUUGCUCAUCAUUCCCGUGACCUACAGGCUGGAAGAAAUUAGCCCCAACGCCAAGAAGUUCUGCGCUCUUCUUACUUUCAUCAUGCCCCCCACAGUCAACCCAAUCAUCUAUGGUAUCUCCAUGAAAGAUAUUCGCACAAAUAUUGUGAAGCUUUUCAAAUACAAUGUCUUGCCGAAGUAGGGAAACCAGCAUGUACCUCCCAGUUAUCCAAAUAACAUUUAAAAAAAAUUUUUAGUUUUUAAAUUUUAUUUUUUUUUAGGUUGAAAAAAUUAGGUAAAAUGUUAUAUUUUCAUCACAUCUAGCUCUAUGUAACUAAAACAUUUUCCUAGAGGAAAAACUUUCAGACUGACCUUUUUAGCUGUAAGUUGUGGUUCAGGGGCUGGCAAAAACAACUCUUAUUGUACAAACUUUGCUACAACAUUGUUAUUCUCCACACCCUUCCACAAUUUUAUUCCAUCAUUGUAAAAAGUCAAAAUAAAGUUUUUUCCCAGCUGGGCAGAGGAUACUUGAGGUGAAGUUUACAAUGGUUUUUCUUUGCAGGGCUGAGGAUUAUCAUUUCGGGCACCAUUUGAAUCAUCUUCCAUCUUUUCCCCCACGCAUCUUUUGCUUUAUAAAAAGCACAUCUUGCUUCCAUUUAUUAAGCCUAAAACUAUUAAGAAGCACUUUACUUCUUAAAAUAAAGCACAAUUGCA